AUGAUCAGUGAUUCAUUUUUUUCACAUCUUCCAACAAUUGUUGAAAACAACAACUGGCUUGAAUUUGCCUACCCUAUUCCCUUGACAGAACGUCAAAAGCUUUACAUUCGUUCCAGCUACAAAGUCAUUGCUAAGAAUGCUUUAUCAAAGGCUAGCACAAAUCGUCGCAAGUAUUCCAUUAUCAGUGGAACUCCUGGAAUUGGAAAAUCUAUGUUUCUCUUUUAUAUCUUUUGGCAAUUGGUGAAGGAAGGAAAGCGUGUGUUAUUUGUUACCAGAGAACCUGCUAUAUACUUUGAUGGAAAUUCAACAUUUGACUAUCCUCAAUAUCCUUUGUCUUCAAAUCGUCAAUUCUGGACACCUGACUUAUGGUGCCUUGUUGAUUCAAAAGACCCAACUAACAUUCCUGGAUUUCCUGUUGAUGCCUGUUCUGUCAUUUUGUCAACUACCCCUCGAAGUGAUUUUAUUAGUGGAUUCAGCAAGUUGGUUCCAGCUCCUCCUGUCUUUUAUAUGCCUUUAUGGACUAGGGAAGAAUUGGAAGUUGUUGCACCCCUUUACUCAAAUGUAGCUAAUAUUUGGAUGAAUCGCUUUGAACUUUUAGGUGGUGUUCCUCGUCUUGUGCUGGAACAAACUGAACAAGAUCCAACAUGGUAA